UUCGAGACUCUCGAGAGAGGUUGCUAGGAAACCUUAUAAGUUCGCUCGUUUAUUUAACGUGCAAGAUGACGUCUAAAUCGUGGUUGAAGAUUAUUCAAGAUGCUAGGAAAACUGCUGUUAUCGAGGAUGGAAAGAGGAAAGUUCAUUUUUUAUUGGAAGAUGGAAAGGAAAUGGUAGAAGAAUAUAACACAGAUACAAAUGUAGUGGUACGACGGGCAUGGAAAGAGAAAAAUAAUUUUGGUACGAACGUUGGAUGGACGGUGGAAGUUGGAGACCCUGAACUUAAACAGAGUAAUAUAGAGAUAUAUGGAAUAGAAGAAAGUUCAAAUGCUCCGUUUAUUACAAGAAGAAUUACAAAAACGUCUCUGGAAUGGCGAAUCAGAAAUUUACCAUAUCCUGAAAGUGUGUAUUCCAUUACUGCGGAACAGGAUGGCACUAUGACCGUACGUACAAGCAACAAAAAAUAUUUCAAAAAGCUAAAGAUCCCAGAUCUGGAGAGGAUCGGAUUGAAGCUGGAACAGCAAAGGAUAUCAUUUCGGCAUCAGUACAAUACUUUAAUUAUAACGUAUAAAAAGCCUCCUCAACUUCUCGACGUGGAGAAAAAGGUAUUAAACACAGUUUUGGAACUGAACACAGAGUCUAAGGAUGUGCAGUGUCCAACCAGUUAAUGAGAUACUAUGAUUAAGUUAAUAAAUUUCUUGUUUUCCAUCAAAUAAUUUUUUAAUAUAUAGGUUCUAUUUUCUAUAGCUGCACUGACUACAUUAGUUUAAGAACUGUACAUACACUAAGGGUUAGUUUUUUAUUACUGAACUGGCUGCAUUAGUUCAGAGUUGAUUUUUUUUACUCCACAUUAGAAGGAAAAAGGUGAACUCCGAACUAUAACGGUUCAGCAACGGAAAACACCCUAAAGUGUAAGUCUCAUACGUUUCUCACGCUUCAAUGUAUAUGUAUGCUUCUUGAAUUAAUGCAGCUAGUGCAGCAAUAGAAAAUAGACCUACAGUUUGUAUGUAACAAGUGCAAUUAUGAUUAAAUAUUUGUUACUUGAAAAUUGUAUCAAAAUUUCUGUGAUUAUAUCUUAUUUUCUUAACUGGAGAGUAAUGAAUAAUAAUCGUAUAAUAAUGUAAUAAUAAUCGAAUCCUCAAAUGUAUCUCUCAGUAUCUCUCAUUGGAUGUGCAAUUAUGAAAAAAUGUAGCCAAAAUAAAACUCUGGAAAGAAACAGUUUUAACUGCAAAUUAAAUAGCAGAAUCUGAAAAUGGA